AUGGUAGUCAAAGUACCGAUCCGCUAUAAAGACGACACAUCGACAAGUGGCUACCGUGAAACGGAUUCCGCUCCCUAUUUUGAACACGAGAGGGCCAUGGUUGCGUUGAUUCAGAAGGAAACGAGGCAACCACACCCCAACAUUAUCCAGAGUGUGUUGUCGACUAGCGACGGUUUCUUCCUUCCUCUGAUGAAAGGGAGUCUGCACGACGUGCUGGACCGCAAUGAGCUCAUCCCGGACGACGACGCCGCACGCUGGCUGGUUCAGAUCGCAUCGGCCACUGCCUGGCUGGAGGCCAUGGACCAUUUCCACGGCGACCUCCGGCCGCCAAACAUCCUGUUGGAUGCGGACAGCCAUGUGAAGCUAUGCGAUUUCGGCAACAUGGCGGCGCGGGGAACCAAAAACUACGGUGCCACCUUGCCCUACUACAAGCUGUACCCCGCGAAGGCGGGUCCGGCGAGUGAGCAGUACGCCAUUGGCUCGAUCAUGUACGCUGUGUUUUCCGGGAAGGAAUUGCUCCACGAUGUGGACGACUACCAGACCAAGGAGAAGAUGCUCAAAGACGGCCAGCUCCCACCAGUCGAUCACCUUCGGGCCGAGCAUGUGAUGCGUGACUGCUGGGAGGCUCGCUACGACACGCUGGAGCAAGUGCACCGCACGCUGCUCGUUGAGUUGGGCCUGGGGUUGGACUAUGCGAAUCCCGCCGUCUGUCUCACUCCAGAAGAGUGUACUACCAAGGCCGGCGAGUGUGAGGCAUGGGGGAUGGAGCGACGUGCGUGGCUCGAGGACUGCAGAAAACGCCUCGCGGGAAAUAAUACGCCAGAUACAGAAACGUCUUGA